AUGCAUUUUCCAAGUUACUAUGAUGCGACUCUCAUGAUUCUUGAAGGAGACUGCCAUGAUUCUUCCAAGCAUAAACAUAGGUGUGUAACGGGAGGAAUAUACAACUAUACAAUGCAACUUAAAUCAGCUGAUGCAGGCCCUUCAUCUGAAUUAAACUAUAAUUUGACUGAGGCACUUCUGUUCUUGUCACAUUUUGUUUGGGAUGUUCAUCAGCCCUUAUAUGUUGGUUUCCUUGGAGACCUAGGUGGAAAUUCAAUUACAGUUCGAUGGUACAGAAGGAAAAUAAAUCUCCAUCAUUGGCUAAUUAUUGUUUUUACUCGAUUUCUGCAGGAUAAUUGGUCAAAUGAUGUAUCGAUUUGGGAACAUUGUGCACACAACUACACUGCCUGUCCAGAUCGGUAUGCUUCUGAAAGCAUUAGCUUAGCAUGCAAAUUUGCCUACAAGAAUGCUACACCACGAAGCACUUUAGAAGUGAAUUCAUUUCGAUAUUUGGAAAAUAAUAGUCGAGAAAAUUCUCCAAGUUCAGCUGCUAUAUUCUUUGCCAGCCGGUGA